AUGGCAGAAGUUAACAAGAGAAAUCGCAAUAGAGUACCGCUGAGCUGUACCAUAUGCAGAAAACGGAAGGUAAAAUGCGACAAAAGUAGGCCACAUUGCACACAAUGCGUCAAGACAGGUGUGGCACAUCUGUGUCAUUACAUGGAGCAGACAUGGGCUGAGGAAGCCGAAAAAGAGCUGUCUAAAGAGGCAGAGCUCAAGCAACUGCGAGAAAGGAUCAAGGCUCUUGAGAAAAUGCUUUCCAAAAUGCACGCUGCUCCCGGCCAAACACCCGAAAGUACAACAGCAGCCGUUGAAGAGAUAACAGCACCACAAGAACCGCUACAAAUUUUCAGUCAGGAGCCGAAGCUUGUUGACGGCACCAAGUACGACGGCGAUGAGCUAGACCUAACAAGACAGUUCGAUAUGCUACAUCUGAAAAAUAGCGGUACGGUUCAUCUGGGAGCUACGCAUUGGCUGGCAAUUAUGAAAGGAGACCCCUAUCUCAAGCUUUUGUGGGGACAUAUUUUCAUGAUGCGCGAGAAAAUGUCCGAAUGGGUCUCGAAUAGAAAAAAUGGCAAAAAUGUGGGCCCUAAAGCGAAUGGCGGUGCCUCUAACGUUAAGGGCAGAUGCCCUGUUGUACACCAACGUCCAUCUUCGAGCUGUCCCGUGACUGGCAUGUCUGUUUCUGCACUUCGUCAAGAAAGUAAGUGUCCGGUGAAUCAUCAAACCUUUUUGGCGUCAGCCCAGAAAGAUAAGAUGAAAGACUCCAGUGAAAGUACUGCGUUGACCGCAAGUACUCGUGGUCCCGAAUCAGCUAUAAACAGUGUUCCUACCGCUCACGUCCCGAUGACAGGUUGUCCAGUAGCCCACAAGUCUAUGCAAGCAAAACGACUGACAAAGCCUGAUUCUCCGGCUUCAAUUCACCAGCCAAUUACGUUGCCCUCAUUUGACAAGCUAGCAUCGAAAUGUCCAGUGAUUCACGACAAUUCUCCGCCUCCACCUGCUGGACUAGGUUUAAACCCUGACAAUAAGACCCAGGAGCAAGCAAUCACAGAGAUAUGUAAGCUGCUGCCGCCGAAGAGGGUCGUUGCAUCGAUGCUUGACAAAUUUUUCAAGCAUAUAUACCCUGUCAUCCCUAUCUUAGACGAGCGGAGCUUUAAGCAUCAAACAAAUCAGAUCAUACAGGUAAAAGACGAAAACAUCACCUUGCAGUUGACCAAGCCUUCUGACUGUUGCAGUCUUGGCAUUUUGAUAAUUAUACUCAGACUGACAUGGCUAUCGUUACCGCAAAAUGCGUGUGACGUCAAUCUCGGUUCACACUCUGGCGCUCUGUUUGUACCGAAGGUAUCAACAUCGACCGUAGCGCAAUCAAGGGAAGAGGAGUUCCUAAUGAGGUUUGAAACUCCUGCAGAAGCGAUUCGAUUAGUACGAAAGUACCUAAUCCGGCUCGAUGAACUUACGAGUUUUUCUAAUAGCAACGUCAAUUUGACCACUGUGCAGUUUGCCAUUUUCUACAAGCUUUAUUUGAUGUGCUGCACCGAGAAAACUGUCGACACUCAACUGAAUACCUUCACUUCCACUAGUCAAGAUAACGAAGCUCACCAGAUGCUCUUGUCGAGCAUAGUUCAGAUGGCCUUUAGCUGUGGGCUCCAUAGAGAUCCGGACAACUUUCCCCAGCUCGCUGCGCCCACGAGUGGAAAGCUCAACAAAGAGGCUGUCUUCAAUGCAGAGAGACUCAAACAUACGUGGCGUAAGACCUGGUAUGUGAUAGUGUCUCUAGACGUUCACCAAUCGAUGUCUCUGGGUUCUCCACGUUUGUUGCGUAAUUUAAGAGACUUCAGCGAUACGAAGCUCCCAUGUUCUUCCAAGAUAGAUUACGUCCGCGACAUCAAAGAGCUUGUCGUUGUUAAGAAUUACACUCUAUUCUUUCAAAUUGACUUGUGCAUAUCAGCCGUGCUGAACCACAUUUUGAAUGUUUCUAUGGCAAAGACGGUAAGAAAGUUCGAAUUGGACUCCCUGAUCGAAAUAUUGAAAGGUGUGUGCUUUGGGGAUGGGAAUGUCACCGAAGCCUUGACUAAGCUUGUCAAUAAGGGUCUUUUGUUUACCACAGAGGGCAGUGUUGAUCAAUCGUCGGACGAGUUUUAUCCUCUCCCUCCAUUGGAGGAGUUGCUGUCACCAGUUCCUUCGUCCGAAUCUGAUAAGGAUAAAAAGGGAACUUUCCCACAUGAGAGGACAACACGCGCCUUAUUUUUUUCAAAGCAUAUCGUUUUACGGAUGCUUCUUUAUCUGCUCAAUUACAUCCUGUUCACCUACUAUGAGCCCAAGGUAGCCGCAGAUCCUGGGACACGACCUUUAGCGAAGCUGUACGCUCAGGAAGCUCUCAACUAUGCGAUGGAUGGGUUCAGGAAUUGUCUUCUCUUUUUCACAAAUGUAAAUGCUGGAGAGAAUGGGAGUGGAUCGAUUUUCAACCAUAUGGAGGUCGUGUUGGCUCCGCACUGCUUAGAUGUCGGUCAUAGAGCUCUUCAGUUCAUGGUUUGCUUAAUUCUACGUGCUCGCUGUGGCCCUCUGACCGGUAUGAAUGAGAACUCCAUUUUGAAUAGUGGAGCUACUACAAGCAGCGAAGACGAAACUGAUAAAAAGCCUACUCCACCACAGAAGAAAGACGAUAUAGUCGAUGGUGGUGACCUCACGAGGCAAAUUGAUUUGGAGGCGGGUGAUGACCUGGCCGAAAUUUUAAUGAUGCGGAUGACACUAUUUCACAAAUUGACUAAGCAGCUGUCCGUUAAAUUCUACUACGCUAAACGCAUGAUGAAGUCCACUGGAUUUUUCAUCAGUCUCUUGAAAACACCUUCUGGAAAAUCCCACCCUACCGAGGUUGACUCUAAGAGUCCACACUUGUCGUCAAGCGUAUCCAAGAUGUCAAGAUUUUUCAGAAACGUGCCAUCACUUGUCAUGUCUGCAGGUGGUGACCAGAUAAAGAGAUGUCCAGUUUACCAAGAUGCAAUAGGGUUUUUGCCCACAACUAGUGCGGCAACAUCUGCUGUACGGAACUCAUAUGAAAGCCCUGGACAACAACUGCCACCUCUUUUUCCAGCAUAUCAACCGAUCACAUAUACGAGCAAUGACUUAAGGCGGACGUCAGAUGUUCGAGAUUCAGAUACGAAAAGAAGAAAGUUUUCUGUGGAAAACAGUCGUGUGAGUUCACCUGCAGCGCCAAUCAUGAAUACUGAGAGCUCCGGACUCUUAUCUCCGUCGCUGGGGAGUCUUGAUACGAAAAGAAGAAAGUUCUCCGUCGGUAACAGUCAUCUGGGAUCACCAGCAACAGCACCUAUAAAGAAUGAGAGCUCCAGACUUUUGUCACCAUCGCUAGGGAGUCUUAAUGCCUCACGCGUUGGAUCACCGGCACCAUUCCCAUUCACUAGCGAGCAGUCGCAUCUGGUACAGAAUCCAGUCAAUGCUAUGAGUACCAGUAAUCAACCAGUAACCAAUAGAGAGCAAGGAUAUUCGGUACCAGCUGCGUCCUCAAUAUAUUUCUCACCCACGGCUUUGUCGGAAAAUUCAUCAUCUGCUGAUUACGCUCCAGAGUUUGAGGACUUUUUGAUGCAGAAUUCUAACUUUAAUGGCUUGUUGAUAAAUCCUUCCUCUAUAGUUGAAGCAGUGGGCUUCGACACACAGAGCAACACAGGAAGUACCGGGAGCCUUGGGGUACCCCUUGACUUCUUGCCCAUUGACACCUCUGAAAUCGAUGGACUUGUUGAUCUGCAGCCAAGCAACGCUGGCUUUUCGAAUUGGGAAUAG